UGAUAUUCCCGGCACAGUUGUCUUCAAGCAGCCGCAAUGAGGACUGUCUUAGUACUGGCGUUUGUGGUGACCCUGGCUUUGGCCGGGACAGUCCCGACUUUCAACAAUCAAUACUCCAGCAUAAAGACUGAACAGGUUGAUGCAGCUACCGCGGCACGCCAGUACAAAGUUUUGGAACUUUUAGAAAAUGUUCAUUUAGAAAAUCCUGCCGCUCAAUAUUACCAAUACAAGAACUAUGACUUGAGUGCACAUCAUAAUCAAUAUGAAAAGCCAGAAGUCGUCGAAAACUUCUUGACAAUGUAUCAUAAGGAUUUCAUACCAAAAUAUUCUCCUUUUACCAUCUUUAAUGAGAAAAUGAGACAUCAAGCUAAAGCUUUGUAUGACGUAUUCUACUAUGCGAAGGAUUUUGACACUUUCUACUACUCAGCUUCUUGGGCGCGUGCAAAUGUGAACCCAUAUAUGUUUACAUAUGUUUUCUAUAUCGCUGUUAUCCAACGCGCUGAUACUGCAUCAUUGAUUCUUCCUCCUUUCUAUGAAGUAGUACCAGAGUAUUACGUGAAUCAUGACGUCUUUACCAAGAUUUACUAUGGUAAAAUGCGAGGUGAGGUAUUCGAAGAAUUCCCCGAAUAUGGAAUUUAUAAAGAAGGCAAUUACCACUUAUACUACCAAAAUUAUUCUGAUUACCACACUUACGGUGAUGAAUACAAACUGGCCUAUCUCACUGAAGACAUCGGUUUUAAUAGUUUCUACUAUUAUUUCCAUGCUAUCAUGCCAUUCUGGCAGGACGGUGACGAAAUCGCUCAUGGUAUCUUCAAAGAACGUCGUGGUGAAAUUUACUAUCACUUCUACCAACAGCUAUUGGCUCGUUACUACCUGGAAAGACUUUCGAAUAAUAUGGGUGAAAUCCCAACAUUCUCGUGGUACCAACCAUUCAAACAAGGUUACCGUCCAGUCAUGAGCAGUUCAUUCACGCCAUUUGUCCAAAGGAGCGACAACUACGUGAUGCAAAACAGCUACAAUCUCAAUGACCUCCGAUUUGUCCGUAAUUAUGAAGAUAUGUUCCUGACGUUUGUUGAAGAAGGCCAAUUUAGUGCUUUCAACCAGCAAGUUGAUUUCUCCAACGAAAAAUUCAUUAACUUUGUUGGUAACUUCUGGAACGCUAAUCCUGAUCUGUUUGAGAAGCUUUCGCCCCACCGUAACUACUACUCAUCCUACGAGAUUGCUGCUCGUAGCAUUCUCAGUGGUGCUCCACCUAGCUACAAUUAUGAUUUUAUGCCCUCCGCCUUGGACUUUUAUCAGACUUCUCUUCGUGAUCCUGCAUUCUAUCAAAUGUACAAUAAGAUUUACUAUUUCAUUUCUCAAUACAAGCAAUAUUUGCCUUCAUACACCCAGGAACAGCUUCAUUAUGUUGGUGUCAAAGUGAACAAAGUUGAAGUGAGCAAAUUGCAGACCUACUUUGAUUUCCACGCAUUUAAUGUAUCUAACAUGGUUUAUUACACAAACCAAGAGAUCAUCUCGGGCACAGAACAAGAAUAUGCAGUUGUCCAACCUCGUCUUAAUCAUCAACCUUUCACGGUGAAGGUCUCAGUCAAAUCUGAGGUUGAAGAACAAGCUACUUUCAAGGUCUUUAUUGGUCCAAAAUACGACGGCUAUGGCAAUGAAAUCAACUUUGAGGACAACUACAUGAACUUUGUAGAAUUGGAUUAUUUCACGCACAAACUUACCAAAGGCGAAAACGUAAUUGAGCGAAACUCCAAUGAAUUCUUCUUUUACAAGGAGGAUUCAGUACCUACUUCUGUUAUAUACAAAUUUUUAGCACAGAACAAAGUACCUUACGAUAUGGUAUACAAUUAUGAUAACUUACCUAACAGGCUUAUGCUGCCUAGAGGCACAAACGGUGGAUUCCCUCUCCAGGUCUUCGUUGUUGUCUAUAAGAGUCAAAGUACAACCCAACAGAAAGUAAAUGAGCAUGUAUUCUUUUUGGAUGAAAAGCCUUUGGGUUACCCACUGGAUCGUCCAGUUACCCAGUACUUUAUGCAGCCCAACAUGUAUGUACAGGACGUCGUAGUGUACCAACAAGGCAGCGAGUAUCCAAAUGUAUACAAUAUGAUGUACCACAGUAAUGAGAGCACUAAGCAUUAAUUUCACCAGAUAAGCAUUACAGAAACCUGA